CGAUGCCACAGCAAACCUCAUCGCCGACCGCCGUUGCUGAGCCAGCGCCGAUCGACGCCGAUCUUCUUCUCCGUCUUGGACAUCACCAGCACCAUGUUGAGAGUCGCUGUCGGGGCCAAGCGCACCAUUGCAUCCGCUCGUGGAGCCCGUUUGGCUUCCACUGCCACCACCAACCGCCCCGAGGUCUUUUCUCCGGCUGUGGCCUAUCUCCUCGCCAACCACCAUAUCGAUCGAGAUACCGCCGUCCGUAUUCCGCGAACAGGUCCCAAGAACCGUCUCUUGAAGGGCGAUGUGCUCGCCUUCAUCAAAGACCCUUCGACUCUCGGCACUAGCGCUGCCGCUGCGGAUGAAACCGAGCUGGAGCUGCACACUGCCCAGUUCGAGCGGAUCAUUUCUCUCUCCCAGGUCGCCGAUCUGAGUGCCAAAGGCUUCCAGGUCGGUGAUAUCUUUGCCCGAGCAGCCUCGCUCGCUCUUCAAGCCGUUCCUGAGGUCAAUGCCCGCUGGUCGCAGAAGAAGGAGGUCGUCCCUGCCGCCCAGAUCGUUGUCCAAAAGAUCAACGAUCGCGGCGCCUCCUAUGCGGUCUUGGACGUCUCUCCCAAGCUGACUUUGGCCAAGGUUGCCAAGAGUCUGCAGGCUGCCAAGUCCACCCGUCCCAAGACUAUCAGCGGAGCCUUCAGCCUCUACGACCAGUCGUCGGCCUCGCUCAAGCUCCUACCUGACUAUCUGACCGCCCACGAGCCGACCGCCCUUUUGAUUGUCGAGGAGGUCCGAGCGCCUCGCAUCGCCAAGGCAGACGCAGCUUUCGAUUUCCUUACCGGCUCCCGGCAGACAGUGCUCAGUCCUCUGUCCUCUGCCUCGAAGGGCUCUCGCUCGGCCGACCUGCUCGACUAUCUGGCCAAGCCUGCUGCUCCUUCGGCUGCUGCCCUGGAGGCUCGCGUCACUCUCAGCGUCGACGGCCGAGCAGUCUCGCCCGCUGUCGCCAGCAAGUUCUUGAACAUUCUCAGCUCCUUCAUCCUGACCCCCAAGAAGCUGUAAUCGAGCCUCUCGGGCCGAGGAGGGAGCAUUACCGAUCUCAUUGGUGGCGUGCGCCCGUUACAGGCAAUCCAAUAAAAAACGGGACACCCGGGUUUUUGACCAUUCA